AUGACAUCCAUCCUUGGCAGCUCAGAUGAAAAAACCAAUGGCUUUAAGUUGAUGAGGCUGAUCAUGGAUGCUGGAACAGAAGCGUUGAGAAACGCCUUUAGAAAAAUUCAUCCUGGAAAUUUACAGGUUGUAUUAUCUUGCACAUGUAGCCGUUUGACUACAUCAUGUAAUAAGUACAUUCUUUCUAAGCUUAGAAGUCAUCCCAAAAUAAUCAAUGAUGACCAGUGGAAUAAAUUAUAUCCACCAUCUUCUAACCCACCAAAUAUUAAUGAUUUUGACAUCACUCUGUUAUCUAUUCUUUUAAGAAACGUAUGUGGUUUACAUCCCCCGUGUUCAGGCUGGGAUAAAAUGCCAAAUGUCUUGGAUCAUUCUGUUCAAGCAGAUAUUGUUCGUAUAAAGUUAUUUCGUAAUGGGCGUUUUAGCCACAUACCCAAUACAUCUGUUAGUACAGCAGAUUUUAAGGCUUUUUUGGCGGAAAUAAGUUCUCCGUUAGUUCGUUUAGGCACAGACCAGAAAGAAAUAGAUAGACUAGAAAAUGAGAUGUGUGGGGAAGACGAUAUUUUAAACAAAUGUCUUGUUAGGUGCAACUUUCAGAGAGAAGUCGAAUUUUAUUGCGAAAAAUUUACGAAAGGCACUAGAGAAUGGGUAUUCGAACAAUUUUUUACCUGGUUUAACGAUGAAAAGUCCGGAAACCGUGCAUUUAUUAUUUCCGGUCUUGCUGGCAUGGGUAAGUCCGUUAUUGCCGCUGUUAUCUGCAAACGAUUGGCUGAGCAUGUCUGUGCAUCUCAUUUCUUUCAGUACAAUAACAGUCAUUACAACAAUCCAAAUAUCCUUCUUCAAUCUCUAGCCUGGCAGCUUUGUCAAGUUGUUCCUCCGUACAAGGAAGCACUUAUCCAGAAGCUUUCUGGCAAUCUCGGACAAACUUUAAAUAAUGAGAAUAUUGAAGGGUUAUUUUCCAUUCUUUUUAAAGAACCGUUUUCAGGUAUUUCUUAUUCUGGGGAGCGAAUAUUGAUUGUACUAGACGCUGUAGAUGAAAGUGAGUACUAUGGAAGGCAUGAGCUUGCUAAUUUGAUCUCUAAUCACCUGCACAAACUUCCCUCUUAUAUUCGUUUUCUUAUUACCACGAGGCCUGAGAAAAAUCUUAUCGAUAAAUUCAAACAGCUAAACCCUUUGUAUAUCGAAGGUAACGAUGUAAGAAAUUUGAAUGACCUUAAAAUGGUUUUACAGGAGAGAUGUUUCCAGGCAGGUAGUGUCCGUUCCACAAAUCUUAUAGAUAGUUUGGCUGAAAAAUCUGAUGGUCUCAUGCUGUAUGCAUUUCUUCUUUCGGAAAUUUAUAAUGACAAAUCGUCAAUGUUUAGCAUCGAUAGUUUGCCACAAGGCAUUGAAAAGCAUUAUGAAAAAUACUUUCGAAGGUUGGCAAGCGAAUUAAGGCUUUUGGAAAUUUCAGAAGAUAAAUUAUUUUCCCUUUUAAGUGCUCUUGCGGUAGCUAAGGAGCCUUUCCCAGAGGCUUUUGUUAAAACCCUGUUAGGUUUAGAGGAUUCACGAAUGACAAUGCAAAAAGUAAGAAAAGCAAUUUCAUCUCUUCUUGUCAUCAACGAAGACAACACUAUAUCGUUCUUUCAUAAAUCGGUAAGGGAUUGGCUUGUUGAUAACGAACAUGAUUACUAUGUUGAUGUACAGGAUGGUCAUAAGUGUCUUUUUGAUGAAUGUGUUAUAAAAUUGGAUGAACUGAAGCAAAUGGACGUUAGAGAUGCAGCCAUGACUAAUGCUGCAAUCAGAUAUUCUAUAAAAUACUGGAUACCACAUAUGCUUAACCGACCAGAAGACCCAAGUAAGCUGGAACAUUUUGUUAGUAAUUACGCUGCGGAUUUAGAAGUUUUGUUUGCCAGUGUCUGUGUCGAUGUAGAUCUUACUUUAAACAAUAUCACUAUCCUUACGAAUCAUGAGAUGUGCUAUCAUGUUUCCGAAAACACGAGAGCAACAGUGAGCAGAUUAUUUUCCCUAAUUAGAAGGUUUGGCUUUUUACUAAGAGAUUAUCCUCAUACCUUCUUGCAAAAUGUUGUCAACGAAGGUGGAGAAGAGCUUUCUUUGAAAGCGUUAUCUUUGCUUCAAACGCGCUACAAGGAUAUUAUUUUUCUUGAGUUUAUCAACAAACAUAUGAAAAAUGACCCACUUCAAGCCCGGUGCCUCCUUUCUGGCACAAUAUCUGGCAUCGACAUCUCUCAUAAUCAUGAUUAUGUUGUUUGUAGUUACAAAGAGGGUGGAAUUGAACUCUUUUCCUUAACAAAUGGUAAAUCCGAGUGGAAAAUACAGGAUUUCAAAGUGGAACUUCUUUCUUUUCCUGAUAAUGUUGAUAAUCUUUGUAUGUUGCAACAUUGCAUUGUUUUUCACCCUCGUGAAAGUUUGAUAUUGCCUGGGAGACUUUAUAAGGCGCUAAAUAUGCAAGGAGAGUUUAGGUCAGGUCCAUUUCAAUCUACCGAGUGUUGUUCUAAAUUUUCAAAUUGUUGUUUCUCCUCAGAUAAUAGCCAAAUGGUCACACAUUAUGGUAAUAACUUGACUGUCUGGGACAUUUUGAGUGGUAAAAAAGAAAGACAUCUGCCAUGUAAAAUGCUUUUGUCUUUUUCUUUUACUGCCAGUGGCAAGUUUUUGGGUACAGUGGACAUUGAAAAUGUUUUCAAAGUCUACAAUGUAGCGAAUGAUUACAACGUUUACAAGUCAGUGACUUAUAGCUGCCAGUCCCCGGUGGAAAUUGUUUCCUGUUUUGAAAAAAAUUCUUGGUUUUGUUUCUUUGAAGAUCGUAUAAGCAUUGUGAAUCACGAUUUCGCUACUGUUCCUCCUCUUCAACGUGAUAGCCUUGAUCCAUUAGACGUAGUCCUACCGAGUAAUUUGUGCAAUUCAGACGAACUACAAUGUUUCUUGCAACAUCCUGAAAAGUCUUGGUUUCCAAAGAUAAAGGAGAUUCUCAAGGACUCGUUUAAUUGGUUCUGGUUCACUGCCCUUAGAUAUAUUUUGAUAGGAAAUAAUAGCGUGCUGAUCUACUCGUGCAGUUCAAACGCUAUGCACGUGUUUAGUGUAGAGGUUUUACUUGAUACAGAAGAACAGGGCACAAACAUGAAAGGCUUCUUUUCCAAUCUAUCUACAAAUGGCGAUUUUGUUUAUUUCAAUAACACACGGGCACAGAAAUUUACCAUUUUUAACCUCGAUUUAAAUAAAGAAGAUCCACGAGCUUGUCAAUAUUCAAGUCAAUUAGAUAUUCCGGUUGUAAGAGACGGUGUAAUUUUAGAUGGUAACAACCGCACUCCAGAGCUCUGGAAUAGCGAUUUGACACAGCGACUUGCAAGUUUUGAUGAGCUGGCUGGUACCAAGCAAUGCUUGUCAGUAUCUGAUGAGUUAAUAGGCUGUGUCAACCAGUCCUCUAUUACAUUUUUUAAUGUUUUCACUCUAAAAAAAGAAAGCGAAACGAUUUUUAACGAGCUUGUUACGUUAGUGCAUGCAUGCAGCAUUGAAUACUAUGUACUUGCACAGAUCGACUCCAGUGACGUUUCUUUAUGGAAAGAUGGAACGAGAAUAGAUAAAUGGGAAGAUGUUUUUUUCAAGGAUACGUCAUUAAAAUCCAUUUCAUUUGCUGACUUUUCUCCCGAAGGAAAUAGGUUAGCAGUGUUCAGUGAAGAAAUAAACAUAAUAUUCAUAUUUGACGUUGCGUCAAUAAAAUUUCUUGCUCAGAUCACUAUUUACGGGCCAAGUGACGAUAUUCUGCGGUUAAAGUUUUUUGACAACGCAAACUUAGUUUGUAGCUCAACUAAUCAUACCUUAUACUUAAUUAAUGCAGAACGAGGUGAAAUAUUAACUUGUGUAGAUUUGAGUGAUAUUCCAGCACUGAUCGCGGUAUCUCGUAAACGAAGCAUUGUUUUUGCUGCCCUUGAUCGUUCAGUACGUUUUGAAUUAAUUAGAGUUUGGUUACCUCGCUAA